AACAAAGAGGAUUUGAGAGAGGGAAAAAUUUACGAUUUUUCAGCGGUGAAGUGGUGGACACAAACGACCCUUCGUCGCUACGCUUAUCUCACCAUCCUUAUUAUCAGUAUUGUCGAUCGGUGGAAAUCUGGCAUUUUGUCAAAAGUAACUGUUGUCAUCUGUCAUUAUCUGUUGGAGCGCGGCAAUAUGCGGACCUCCACUCUAAGCGCAUGCUGUUGCCUCCUGUUGCUCGGUGUCACUCUCGUGGCUGAGCCCGCCAGUGCUCAACGGCAAAAAGUCUCUGGAAAGAAGGCCACAACAGAGAAUCCGGCUUACGACGAUUACGAAGAGUACGAUCAGGGAGGAGAUGCGGCAGCUGAUGGUGCCAAUGACAAGGUGGCUGCCAGUGCAGGUCCUAAAAGCACUUCGGCCUCCCCAGACAAGGCUGACAGCGAUGACUCCGCAGGAGCUCAUGGCCUUCUUAAACAUAGGUUACGUCUGAAAAACCGCCCUUCGCCACACCCAGCUGUUCGGCCCAAACCUACGUUACCCAGUUUCAUCAAGCAUCCAGCAAAUAUUGAGGACCUAGGACACGAAAAACCACAUGUACAAAAACCUACGGAAGCCCCACUUCCUCGACCAAAAGCUACAAGUGCUAAGCCGCACAGAUUCAGUAGUACACUGCGGAAAAAGCAGACUCCUGCUCCUGCUAAGGACGACGCUGACUAUGAAUAUGAUGAUGAGCCCGCCGAAAAGCAAGCUGCCACUUCUGCAGGCACGAAAAAGCCUCAAAGACCUCGCAGACUUUAAUAAAACACACAGAACAGUUACAGAAUAAAUUUAGCCAGUUUGACGAAGAUUUCCCGAGAGGAAACUAUGCUUGAUGUAAGAAGCCCAUAUAUAUAUAUACAACUAGCAUCAAUGCGCCAUGCUGUACUAAAGAAUUGCGAACGUCAAUCUUGUGAAAUAAUAUAAUAAUAAAAUAUAUAUGGAUAAAGAACCCACAC